AGAACCAUUAAAACUUGUUGCGGUUCUAUCCCCAGAAUAAAUCGGAAAGUAUAUAUAUAUAGAGAAAGAGAGAGAGGAGGGUGUGCUUAAACUCAGGAUAAGGGCCAAGAGUUAAUAAUGAUUGUUUAUGGCCGAACUCAACGAUUCCUUUGGGUGACAGUGUUUCUCGUCUUUCACCUCUUUUUGGCAUUGGACACACCGAGGGGCAACAUAUUUGCCCUAGCCAGUGGCACAGAUGACGAUGACGCCAGUGUCGAAGUGGAGGACAAUGCUGCAAGUUUUGUGCAGGACAGGAAAAAGACCGGCGGGCGGCGCACGGAGUCCGAGCGGAAGUUUAAGUUUCGUAAAAUAGAACGCAUUUAUGUGGACGACUACAUGGAGGAUGAGAACGACGAUGAUAAUGACGACUCGAACGAGAACCCUGUCGGGAAGAACGAUUAUACGAGAUCGAACGACAAAGAGAAAUCACGCAAUAAAAGAUAUCAAUCACCUGAAGCCGACAAUGAGCUCUCGGAUGAGGUUGCCCAUGACGAUGAUGACGAUUCAUCUUCGAUUCUGAGUAAUAUUCUCGAUUUGUUUGCGGCCAGUGAACCCGAAGAAGAACCAGAGACACCCACGAAUAAUAUUAUCACCUGGCUGCAAUGGAUUGGGGAGAAAAUCUCAAAUGGUCGACCAACCAAAGACGAGGAGCCGCCAGUGGUGGAUGAACCCGGCUGGCUCGCCUAUCUUAAUCGCUGGCCAUUUAACAUGAUAGUGUCUGAUGAUGGCGAAAGCGAAUCACAGCAGAAUCAAAAGAGAUCACAUCACUCCAAAUUGGAUGAUGAUAGCGGAGGCCCAAUGACAUCCAAUCCCUUGCCCGAUGAGUACUUCGAUCAAAUCUUGCAUUCCCUGCCCUCGUUUAUAGCCAAUUUCUCCAAUACUUGCACCACAGGCGCAUGUCAGCAAGAUCUUCAGAUAUUUCAUAAGCAAAUGCGCGCCUAUAAGAUCUGGACUCUACAGAUGAUCGAUGCCACAGGAAAAAUCAGUUCUGGCCUUCUCCGGGGACACAUCAAUCAGUUUGGGGACUUUGAUUUAUGCACCCAAACAUCAGCAGUGGCCAAGGCCAAGACGUCGUCGGGUAGCUCAAGGCGCAUUCAUGGAAAAUAUUGCUUGGCUCAGAUUGAGAUGAAGACUAAAAUAUCCGAGUUGAAGGCGCCAUUGCACAUGCUACAAGGUUUUGGUCUUUGGAACUCCCACAUAAGUAAUCCAAAGCACUUUGUGCCACGAUACACCGUGGCGAAUUGGGGCGUGUGCAUACCCAAUGCCUGCUCCUCGCAGGUGGUGCAGGAAAUAAUGGAAAACAACCUGAGGAUUUACAACAACACGGGGAUCAAGUUCUAUGUCAGAGUGGAGGAGGAUAACUGCAGCCUAAAGCGUAAAGUGAAUUAUAUAAAGCUCUUGAGGAAAGAUAGAAUGUUUGGCCUAAGCAUAUUGGCGUUCGUUACGCUGGGUUCAGCUUGCGUAUUUGCUUACUUCUGGGAGAAACGAGAUUGGCUUACGGCUACGAGUGGCAGAGUCAUCAAUGCUCUUUGGCCAUCGAAGCCAGCGGAUGGUGAAAAUGAUGCUGUUGAGAAGAAACCGAGUCCAGUUACCGAAUCUUCGGAAGAGACCAGUCAGUUGUCGACCCUUCUGUUGAGCGUAUUCACUGAAUUUUCUCCCAAACGCACUUUUCAGUCGCUCAUUGCGGUGAAAUGUCCUGAACAGGACUUCCCAUUCUUUCAUCUGCUGCGAAUCUGCGUGAUCUUCAUGUUAUAUGUUAGCCUUAAGUUUAUCAUGGUUGGCCAUUUGCCGAUUAUCAAUCGUGAUAGCUUAGUCCAAGCCGUCGACAAUUACUGGAGCCUUCUGUUCCGUUUGCCCCUGAUUUACAGCGAUGUCCUGUUAGUAAUCAGUGGUUUUCUGAUCGCCUAUCAGUUGUCGCUUGAAAUGGAGCGAAAUUCACAAAUUCACUUCCUUAAGAAUGUUGCCUUGAGGGCGAGUCGCUACCUACUCACCAUAUACGCUCUACUCGGCUUCCAAACAUGGAUUCUGCCCAAUCUGGGAGCUGGUCCACUUUGGGGUCAAUUGAUACGCGAAAAUGCUCGACUUUGUGAACAGAAUAUGUGGCGUCCGGCAUUGAGUCUUCACAAUUUGGUCAGCUUUGAAGAGUCGUGCUCUCCGCCGGCUGUAAGCCUUUCAUUGGAUGUGCAACUAUACUUAUUGGGUCCGCUUAUGGUGUGGCUCUUUCAUACUGACUCCGAGGCUGGAUUUUUCAUAUAUGGAGCCAUCAAUGCCAUCUCCAUUGCAGCACGCUUCUCGCGCAGUAAUCAGGAACAUCUGGCCCCCUCGCUAUUCCACGGUAUUCAUGUCAGCAAAUUUUAUCGUACGGCCAACAUGAUCUAUGGAUCGCCAAUUAGUCGGGCUACUCCUUACCUACUGGGCAUUGGCGGUGGUCUUCUCUACCGCAGUGAGAACGGGGUCCUGGACAUAGCUAAACGUUUUCGCACCGUUGGCUGGAGCAUCACCCUGCUGGCCAUCACUUGGUGCUUCUGGGAGCCGUUGGCGAGCAUGCGAAGUGAAUUUGUUUACAACACCAAUGAUGCGGCCUCCUAUCUGGCUUGGAGUCCACUAAUUAUGGGCUUGGCCAUUUGCUGGUGCAUUUUCAUGUUCCAGCAGCGACCAAUUGUGGCGCAGGGAUACCCGUAUGUGGCUCAAGCAGUCAUCUUUCUAUCGCGUAUAGCUUUUCCAUUGCAACUAGCCAUCUAUUUGGUGGUUCUUUGGAAUACAGCUUCGGCAAAGGAGCCACAAAAGUUUCAAAUCACAGAUUUAAUGGACAUAGGUGAAAUGAUCACCAUAGUCUUGACUGCUGUUGCAGUGGCCUUCCUCAUUGACAUUCCCGCACGACAAAUACGCUGUAUGGUCAUUGAGAAAAUCUUUAAGGAACGCUCGGCCAGUGAGGCCAACAAAAGUCAGAAAGAUGACAAAGAUGGUUCAGGGAAUACUAAGGAAAUCUCAUCCGAUUCUGCUGAUCUAACUGAUCCAUGGUCCUCCGAUGGAGAUGAACAAGAAAAAGUGUCUGAGAAUUCGAAAAAGCAUAAAGAGAAUUUAGAAACUACUAAAGAAUUGUCAUCAGAGUCUCCAGAGCCAUCUGAUACCGAAGAAGAAGAAGAAGAGGAGGAGGAGGAGGAAUAACUACAUUUUAUGAUAAAUAUGUUACAUUAGACAAAGGACCAUUAGUUUAAAUUGAAAACAAAAAAAAAAAACAGAACAAAAAAUAUGU